AGCAUUUAUCACCGGCUGAAACCGGUCACCAUAUCCAACACGGGGCCCUGUUUUUAAACGUCCGAAACCCCCGUCCGUUUUUUUCGUCGUUUUGUCAUUCUCUGCUCUCUCCACUCUUCCACCCCCACACUCUGUUCUGCUCUCAUCCCUCUCCUUAUAAACCCUAGCUCUCUUCACAUCUUCGCUUCAAAUUUGAACAAUUUUUUACUCUUUGUGCAGACUAGUUUCUUCCUAGCUACUAUAAAUCUGAAGAAAUUGCCUAGAAAAUCAUAUAUAUAUAUACACCUAUAUUUUGAGCUAAAAAUCAAACCUACAAGAGCUGAGCAAUGUCUGUGGCUACUGAGCUUCGUUCGCCAGCAAAAUCGCAUUCGGAAACCCGAGCAAUACUCGGACCAACAGGAAACAGAGUUAGGGUUUCAGAGGAAGCGAAACGAAAGAAAGAGGGUCUGAAGAGGCCGCAAAAGCCGAGUAGGUUGGUUUCGGAAGCAACGAGGUCGAUUGUUCUGAACAAUUCGUCACUGGACAGUACGAGCUCUCUGGAAUCUUCCUCGGGUGGAUCUUCUGUGAAAAUGGUGAGUUCCAAGAGGAGAGUGAAGCCCAAUGGGUCGAAUUCUGUGAAGGUUGUUCCUGACGGGGUCGAUUUGGUGUCGCUCUCGCUGCUGGUUUCAGGUCCGGUGAAGCGGUGCGAUUGGAUCACACCAAACUCUGACCCACUUUAUACUUCUUUCCAUGAUGAAGAAUGGGGGGUUCCAGUUCUUGAUGAUAGGAGGCUAUUUGAGCUACUUGUCUUAUCACAAGCAUUGGCAGAAUUCACCUGGCCAGCAAUUCUCAACAGGCGAGACAUAUUCAGGAAGCUUUUUGACAAUUUUGAUCCAUCAUUCGUAGCAAAGUUUACAGAGAAAAAGUUGCUUUCACUGAGAUCAAACGGUAGCACAUUGUUGUCUGAGCCAAAGCUUCGAGCAAUUGUGGACAAUGCUAACCAGACACUUAAGGUAUUAGAGGCAAUAAUCCUCCAAACCUCCCUUUGUCAUUGAUGCAUUCACGCCUGCAGUAGAGAAACUGGGGACAUUGCUUUCGGGGUCCAAUCCUAUGUCAUAUAAUAAAACUAUUUUUCAAAUCAAAAUAUUGAUUUUAUUUUUAUUUUUUGGUGGGUAUGAGGAGAUUGAAUUUGCCAAGUUGUCAAAUGGUCUGAUUGCCUGAUUGCAUUCUUGAAUUAGAUGUUGCCACUUCAUUUACUCUUCAUUUCCU